UCUCUGUGUAACGACCACAAAAUCGAUGGCGAGCCGAAGCCGUCUUCAGCAACCGUUAUGGAGUCGGCAUCGGGAAGAGCACCAUGGCCAGCGAGCCAAUUACUCGCCCUCUGCCGCUGCAUCGGGCCCAAAGGGGCAAUCCUGUCGCCGUAUUUAGCUUCUGCAUCGUCGGCUUCUGUUUGUUGCCUGCGCGGAUGUGUUUGUGCUACGCGAGCAUGUCACCAUACUUGUCUCAAGUUCAGCCUUCUGUAGGAGUCUGCAGCCAUGCUCUGCUAUUGGCCAGGAACAUUCUGAGGCAGUGUCUUACGCUCCCUGCCUUGAUCUGACAUUUGAGGAGAGCGCAUGGCAGAGGUGACAUACUA